AUGACUAAGAAUAACAAAAGAAAAAAAGAAUAUAGCAUUGGUGAAUGUGUAAAAAUAUCAAUACCUAAAAAGGAUAGAAAUUCAACAGAUAGAAUUUCUAUAUUUUGCAAAAUAAUAAACAUUUUAGAUAAUGACAUGUUUCAACUAUCAUGUCAAUUUGGAAUAAUUGAAAUGUGUUACUCAUCUUCUGAAUUGGAACCAUUGGAGAAUCAAGAUGUACCUGGGCUUGAUAAUUUACCUACAAACAAAAUUUCACUUAGAGAAGCUGCUU